GUGUGUGUGUGUGUGUGUGUGUGCGUGCGUGCGUGCUUGUGUGCUUGUGUUCGUGCCGCUGUGUAUAUAUAGGCGUGCGGGCGGAGACAGACAGACACUCACACAUGGACACACUCAGGAUGAAGAGACUCAGUGUGGCGGCGGCUGUUGUGCUGAUGCUGAUGAUGGUGCUGCCCCGGGGGGGGUCUGCCCUGGAGGUCUCCAUCUCCCCCCUGGCGUCGUGUGACCCUGACUGUACCGGCAUGGACAACGGCGACAAAGUUGUCGACCCCCAAAACUGCACAAAUUACUACUACUGCAUCAACGGCCAACCGGCGGAUCACCCGAACAGCUGCGGCAACACUAGCCACUUCGACCCGGCCACCCUUGAGUGUGUGGCCGAUCCGGAGUGUAAGCCCGUGUGUGGUGGUGGAGGCUCGGGCUGCGCCAUAACCUGCAACGCUACCACGACGGUGGUCGCCAACCUCUUCAACUGCUCCACCUACUACUUCUGCACCCCCGGCGGUCCCGUGUGGGCGGAAUGCUCUGCUGAAUUCCCCUACUUCGACGGCAGGAGCUGCACCUACGACAAAAGUGUCUGCUGCUCCCCCUACUGUGAUCCGUACUGCGACGGCUCCGACUUCACCAUGGUGCCGGACCCCAGUGACUGUGGCUCGUUCUACGUGUGUGACGAAGGCGUGGAAGGGGAGCCAGGCGAGGAAUUCAAGUACCCCUGCGGCGACGGGAAGUACUUCAACAUAUCGCUUGGCAAUUGUGAGGCAGGCGACCCCAACUCCUGCACCACACUGUGCGACGCCGCCACGGGGAUUACCACCACCACCACCACCUCCACCGUCACCACCAGCUCGGGCGGCGGCGGCGGCACCACCCCCCCCGGCGGCGGCACCACCACCACCACCACCACCGGUGACUGCGUGACCACCUUCACCUGCCCCGCGGCGGGUGAUUUCCCCGCCUGCCAAACCUGCCAGCCGGAAUACUUUGACUGUGCCGGCGCGGGCGUGCCGGGCGUGAUGACCACCUGCCCCGGUGACAAUGUCUUCAACCCCACGCCAAACCUCGGCUUCUGUGUCCUGCCCGACAACUGCCCCUACCCCUGAUGCCCCCAUGCCCCCCUCCCCUACCCCUGAUGCCCCCAUGCCCCCCUCCCCUAUCCCUGAUGCCCCCAUGCCCCCCUCCCCUACCCCUGAUGCCCCCAUGCCCCCCUCCCCUACCCCUGAUGCCCCCAUUCCCCCCUCCCCUUUCCCUGAUGCCCCCAUGCCCCCCUCCCCUACCCCUGAUGCCCCAACCCCAGCACUCCUCCUCCCCUCCUCUGCUCUUACAUACUCACCUUCCGCCCCUGCCUGUAAAUCUCCCCUCAGUCUCCCCUUCCCGAUUGGUUAUAAUGAUGAUGAUGAUGAUGAUGACGAUGAUGACAGGAGCCAUACCUCAGGUCGUGUGACAUGGUUGUCUAUAAUCAAUUAAUAUAUCGUGCCCCCACCCAUGAAGAAGUAUACACAUGUAUGUAGGUACGUAUGUAAGUACCACGUGGUGUGCGUCUUCCCACGACAUGUAUCACUCCUGUCUUUGUUGGGUAAUAACAUUUGAUGCCACUAA